AUGGUGCAAGGACUCAACGACGACUACGACUUUGGCGAGCUGCCUGGCGGGCUUUAUGGGUCGCUCGUCGCCUCGGUCGUCAAGGAGAUUGAGGAGAGGCGCGCCCAGGGCAGCAUGCUUCUGAACGUCGCUCGUGGACUUACGAAACUCGAUACGGCCGCAGCGACGACCGGCGCAAGCAUAAUACCAUACGCCUUGGGGACUGCUGCUGUGAAUGACUUCUCCUCGCAAAUCGCCACGGUCGUCGUGGACGGCGUGGCCGGAAAGUUGAAGAAGCAUGAGGAGGAACUCAAGGACGCCCUCGAAAUGGUUUGCGACAAGUUCAACACCGAGGUCCUCCACGCUGCGGAGAUAGGCUUCAUCACCGGCCUCAACCUCUACUCGAAACCGGUGGGCAGGGAGUCUCGGAUCGUGGCAUUGCCUGUUGAUGCGAUGGCCCAAUCCUUCCAAGCCAAUCUUGAGUUCACUCCAACCGGCGAAGGUAUCGUUCGCUGCCCUACCGCCGGAGACGUCGCGCCCUUCAAGGCGACCGCGACGAACGCGUUCAUCCUCAUGACGCGGCAGGAGGGCGUCAAGCCCGUCAACAACAUUGUUUCCAUCAAUGAGCCGUCGCAGAUCAUGCCCGGCGUGGGGUCUUAUUUCAUCCCCUCGCCCACGUCCGCGCCGAUGCUGGCCGCUCCUAGGAUACCCUACGUGCAGACAUGGCCGUAUGGUCCUACUGGAGGGCCGGUGCCGGCAGCAUACUCCGCUGGCGCAGAGACGGGUUGGGCACCGCCCCCUGUCCGGGUGUCUCUAUCCCUUGCGCAAGCGUACAGGAAUGCGGGCGCCCACCCCGCGCACGAUGUUGCGCCUUCAGCCGCGGCUGUAGGCGACAAUGCUGGGGCAUCGGCGACUGCUCCAGACGACAACAUCGGCGCACCACCCCCAGCACACUCCAACACCGCGCCCGUGGAGCCGAUCUACUCUGGGCCGGGCCAAGACCAGCAAGAGCCCCAAAACACCUACCUGCCUCCGCAACCCGCAGCCAGCAUGCCUCCCCAACCCCAGUUCUAUCCCCAGCAGAUGCCGCGGCACCAGUCCGCAUCGAACAGCAUAUUGGAGGCGUCCACGCGGGUAACUGGUAUGAGUAUGCGGUAG